ACGGCUCGUCCAUUGGACCAGACGCGCUGUGGGCGCAUUCAAGACGCGCCUACCGAAGCCUAAAGACUUUUUUUUUCCGGGACAGGAGACAUGAGGUUCCCAGACACCUGUCAGGAGGACUACACAUCCAACAGCUGUAUGUGAGCCCACAGGAGGAGGCUGCGUGUUUUUUUUUAAGCCAUGGACGCGCUCUCGUCGUUAUCAUAGCCGCUCGGUUGAUCAAGUUCAUUCUCGCCUUUUUUUUUUCUUCGCGUUAUCCUUCCUGUUUUGUUUUGGGGUUUUCUCCUGAGCCGCAUGAGUUCUCCGCUGUUUCUGGGUCAGCUGGUCGGGGUCCCGUUAGAGAUAAUGCACCCCACCAUGGAGAAAGACACGACCUACACCAAGAUCUUUGUCGGCGGGCUGCCCUAUCACACCAACGACGCCUCACUUCGGAAAUAUUUCGAGACUUUCGGGGACAUCGACGAGGCGGUGGUGAUCACAGACAAGCAGACGGGCAAAUCCAGAGGAUACGGCUUUGUGACCAUGGUGGACAGGGGGGCAGCAGAGCGGGCGUGCAAGGACGCAAACCCCAUCAUCGACGGCAGGAAGGCCAACGUGAACUUGGCGUACCUGGGAGCGAAGCCUCGCAGCACGCAGUCAAGUCUCUCUGUUGGAGUUCAGCAGGUCCAUCCCACGUGGGCUCAGAGGCAAUACGGACUCGCCCAGCAGUACGUCUACCCCCAGGCCUUCCUCCAGCCCAGCCUGGUGCUGCAGUCCCAGCUCAGCCCCACAGCGGCGGCGCUCACCUCCCCUUACCUGGACUACAGCUCCGCCUACAGCCACUACGCCCCCACAGGACUGGAGCAGUACCCCUACACUCCUUCACCGUCGCCCUCUGCUGGCUACCUCAGCUACAGCUUCUCCCCCGGAACCCCGGGGCCCACUCUCACUGCAUCCCCGACCCCCCCGGCCGCCAUCCAUCCUCCUCUGGCCGCACUCACCACCAUGUCUGCCGCCCCGCAGGCCUUCCUCCACUACCCUCUGCACCAGCCCGACCGCAUGCAGUGAGCAGCUCCGAGCUGCCGAACUGAUGAUUCAAAACAGCCUGACUGUUGACCUGUGACAUCAUCAGGAUGAGACUGGAUUAACAGGGAGAGUGUGAUGUAAUCAAAAGGGCUUUUAGACAGCACUCUCAUUCCUGUUUUUUUUAUAUAUAUAUAUAUAUAUAUAUAUAUAUAUAUAUUAUUGUUGUAAUAGUUGAUGAAAAUGUUCUACUGCUACCAUCAUCAGCAAACGAUCUGAAUGUUUUUCAUAAGAAGUCAGGGACUGGAACGAGACAUCGUUUCUCUCUCGCCCCUGAACCUCAGCGCUGACGAUGGAGGCGGGCUGACUGCUGGAGAGUGGAUGGGCACAGACAAACAGAAAUAUGUCUGUUUGACAUGAUGCUGCGGCUGCAGUUUCUCCAAAAGUCCUGAGAUGAAUGCUGGACAUCAGCCAAGCUGAGAGCCAGUUCCUCUCUCAGAAAACGCAGGUCCAAUUACCUCCUCUGCAAGGUUACCUUUCUGUCAAGGCCUUAGCUCUCUCUCUCUUUGUGCACCCUGGUUCAGUUUGUGUUUGUCACCUUUACUAGUCGCUCAUCUCAAAUGAGCAAAAUGUUUAUUGUGUUCCCCUUUGUUCCUUUUAUCUACCGCUGGCAAGUCAUUACACAGUGAUAAUCACAGAAUAUGCAAUUGUGAUGAUGGCGUAUGAGCAUGAAUAAGGUAGACAACACUGGUAUUAUGGUUUUUUUUAUUUCUACUGUUCGAACAUUACCCCAGAGAAAGACUUUGUCAACACUUAAAACACACCAGUCAUAAUGAAAUUCCUGCAGAUGCUUAGUGAUGUUUGGGGACUGUUUGGUUUUAUGAUAAAUUACAAAAUUGUCAAUACAUAUCAAGUAAAUGUGUUUGGAUGUCAAGAUGUAUGUUGUUCCUGAAUAUGUGUGAGUGUAUUUGGUGUCUGUUUCCGUGUGUGUGCGUGUGUGUGUGUCAGUGAGUGAGAGACAAAUAGAGCGAGGCAGUAUACGCCAGUGUCAGGACCCAGCUCCUCUCCCAGCCCAUUGUACUGGUCAGAGUUGUUUCUUUGUCUUUUUCUUUUUGUCCCAGCUGCAGAAAAAAAAACAAGACAGAAGCUUGAGCGAUGAUACUGGAGUCUCACGGUGCUGUGGCACCAACUUAGUCCUCAUAAACCAAGCCAUACAUCACAUUUAAGACAAAUAUGCAAAAUAAAAAGGAAAUGUUUCUAAGA